AUGCACCGCCCCCCUGCCGGGCCGCUGCGGCUGCUCCUGUGGCGAAGCGCGGCCGCCAGCACGUGGACCCUGGGCGCCCGCGGCCCGGGGCCCCGGCCUCAGCGGACGGGCCUGUGGCCGCUGCGGCCUUGGGGCGCGGGGCCGGGGCUCGCCGGGGCCGCCGGGGCCGCGCGAGGCCCGCGCCGCUGCACUAGCGGCGGCCCGGCCGGGGGUCCCCGCGCGGCGGGCGGGGGAUCGGGCCUCGCGCGGCUCCUGGCGCUGUGCGCGCGGCUCCCCGGCGGCUGCAGGUGCGCGGCGCUCCCCGGGCCCGGCGCUCCCCGGCUCCCGUGCGCUGGGCUUCGGGGCGGCCCCGCGGCCGCCGCCCGCGUCGGGGGCAGGGCCUGGCCGCGCGGGCCGGGGGUGCCUGCGGCCGCCGCGGCUCCCGGAGACGACUCGCAGCUGCGCCCCGCGGCGGCCGGGCGCUCGGAGGCCCAGAAGCUCUUGGGGCUGGCGUACCCGGAGCGCGGGAGGCUGGCAGCUGCAGUUGGGUUUCUGGCCAUGUCCAGUGUCAUCACCAUGUCUGCUCCUUUCUUCCUGGGAAAGAUCAUCGAUGUCAUUUACACAAACCCCACUGUGGACUACGGCUCUAACCUGACACACCUCUGCCUGGUGCUCAGCGGCGUGUUCCUGUGUGGUGCUGCUGCCAACGCAGUUCGCAUCUACCUCAUGCAGACUUCAGGUCAGCGUAUUGUGAAUAGGUUGAGAACUUCAUUAUUCUCCUCUGUUCUGAGGCAAGAGGUUGCUUUCUUUGACAAGACUCGCACAGGAGAAUUGAUUAACCGCCUCUCGUCAGACACCGCACUGCUAGGGCGUUCAGUGACGGAAAACCUCUCGGAUGGGCUCAGGGCUGGGGCCCAGGCUUCUGUUGGCAUUGGCAUGAUGUUUUUUGUGUCACCGAAUCUGGCCACUUUUGUUUUGAGUGUGGUGCCUCCAGUAUCCAUACUUGCUGUGAUUUAUGGACGUUACCUACGGAAACUAACCAAAGUCACACAGGAUUCCCUAGCACAAGCCACUCAGCUAGCUGAGGAACGUAUUGGAAAUAUAAGAACUGUUCGAGCUUUUGGGAAAGAAAUGACUGAAAUAGAGAAAUACACCAGCAAAGUGGACUGUGUGAUGCACUUAGCAAGGAAAGAGGCAUUUGCUCGGGCUGGCUUCUUUGGAGCAACAGGGCUCUCCGGGAACCUGAUCGUGCUUUCUGUCCUGUACAAAGGAGGGCUGCUGAUGGGCAGCGCCCACAUGACCGUGGGUGAACUCUCGUCCUUCCUAAUGUAUGCUUUCUGGGUUGGAUUAAGCAUUGGAGGUCUGAGCUCUUUCUACUCGGAGCUGAUGAAAGGGCUGGGUGCUGGGGGACGCCUCUGGGAGCUCCUUGAGAGAGAGCCUGAGCUGCCUUUUAAUGAAGGGGUCAUUUUAAACAAGGAGAGCUUCCAGGGCACUUUGGAGUUUAGGAACGUGCAUUUUGCCUAUCCAGCUCGCCCAGAGGUGCCCAUAUUCCAGGAUUUCAGCCUUUCUAUCCCAUCAGCAUCAGUCACAGCGCUGGUUGGCCCAAGUGGUUCUGGCAAGUCAACAGUGAUAUCCCUCCUGCUGAGGUUGUAUGACCCCAUUUCUGGAACAAUCAGUCUUGAUGGCCAUGAUAUCCGUCAGCUAAAUCCAGUCUGGCUGAGAUCCAGGAUUGGGACAGUGAGUCAGGAACCAAUUUUGUUUUCUUGCUCCAUUGCUGAGAACAUUGCUUAUGGUGCUGAUGACCCUUCCUCAGUGACUGCCGAGCAGAUACAGAGAGUGGCUGAUGUAGCCAACGCAGGCACUUUCAUCCGAAACUUCCCCCAAGGAUUUAACACUGUGGUCGGAGAAAAGGGUGUUCUCCUUUCAGGUGGGCAGAAACAACGGAUUGCAAUUGCCCGUGCUCUACUUAAGAAUCCCAAAAUUCUUCUCCUAGAUGAAGCAACCAGCGCGCUGGAUGCUGAAAAUGAAUACCUUGUGCAAGAAGCGCUGGACCGACUCAUGGAAGGAAGAACAGUGCUAAUUAUCGCCCACCGUCUGUCUACCAUUAAGAAUGCUAAUAUGGUGGCUGUUCUUGACCAAGGAAAGAUUACAGAAUGUGGGAAACAUGAGGAAUUGCUUUCAAAACCAGACGGGAUAUACAGAAAAUUAAUGAACAAACAAAGGUUUAUUUCAGCUUAAAGAAGCAAUUACUGAUAAAGUGAACAUGGGAGACUUUAAAGCAAACCAUUGCUGCAGGAUAAAAAGAAAUUUAGGGAUGGUAUCUAAUCUACAAAUCAUACUUCAAGUUAUUUAAAAUAUGCCUAUUUUUUCCAAGGUGGAUAAAACAUUGUUUUGAGAUGUACCUAUUCUCAAGACUUUUUUAUUCAGAGUUUUAAUAAUUGUAACUUUCUAAAUGUCUAUAGCACUGAAGUUAUUUUCAGGUUUUUUUACUUUCUUUUAUCCUGGAGUACUUUAAUUAAUAUAACAUGAUGCCUCAUUUUUUUUAACCUGCUGAUACACAUUGAAACUGUUGUCAAAUGACAACUUUUAAAAGGGGAUUAUAAAUAAAAAGCUUAACUAUUUUAGGUGAGUUUGCCAGUCACUCUGUGUAAUUCUCUUGGUAGUGUCCUACCUACAUUAUGUCUAAUUUCACUAGAUGAAAAUCUUCCUCUUUUUCUAUUCUGAUAAUCUCCUGAAGCAAACCUGACAUACAGACAUACAGGAAUAGUUAAUGUCACAUGGCGAGGAGGGAACAUUUAUGUUCCCCACCUCCUAUGUCUUCAGGGGUGUGAAACUUUAGAAAUAUGUGUUCUUCUGGGAUGAAACUGUGUUUAGAUGUGUGUGGUUUUCAACAUUUUUAGCACAUGAAAGUCUGAUGAGUUCUAAAAAGGGAAGAAGCCCAUCCUUUGAAUACGGAAACUUCUGUUUUCAUUAUUUGCACAUUUGUUACUUUGGGAAGCGAGGCAUGAACUGCUAGGUAUUACCAAGAGGUAAAAAUGAAUUUUAUAUAUAAGUUAUCCAAAGGCAUGUAUUUUGAAAAUCCUCUUUUAAAAAUUUAUAAUUCCUAGCCAAAUUUUACAUUUUACCAGUUACUGAAAUACUUUUGAAGUUGUUUCAUUCAAUAAGGCAAAAAUCUAAAUAAUAUAACUGUAAUUUUCAACUUUAAAACAUUUGAAGAAAGCUUAGUUCUUCCUUUUGAUAUUGUUUGUAUCAGUAGUUUUCCUAUUGAUACAGAGUAUCAAUAAACUUUCAGAACUUGUCACUCACUCUUCUGAAAAGAGGAUUAUAACCCUUUUGAUUUAUGGUUAUAAUUUUAUUCACCCAAAUGCCUCAGAAUUCUGAAAGCAGUGCUGAAAGCCAUCUUUCAAAUCACUUCUGUUAUUUUGCUGUUGCCUCAAGAAAAAGUGCUUUUUUUAACAUUGAUGAUGCCAGAACCUAAGAAAUAACUAUAUUGGUAUAAUUAAAAUGGAAGUUUGCCCAUGUUCUAAGUAUUGAUUAGUUCACUGAUUAUACUGGAAGAAGAACCACUAUUUCCUGAUAAGCGUGUAGUGUUAUAAUUCAUUCUACAUAAGGGAAUUUAUCAUUGAAUAAAAUGAACUCAGUGAAUGAAUGAACUCCAUGUUCUUUGUAUUAGGAAACAGUAUAUUUGUGACAAUCAUUUUAACAAGCUUUACUUGUAUUCUUUAUACAAUUUGCUAUUAUGGCAUGGUUCACAGCAGACUAAACAAUUACAAGUUGGAUCUGAGGGAAAUCUCUUUGUGCCAUAGAAAUUAUUUACAAAAUUGACUUUGAUUAUAUUUUAUUUUCUAAUACAAGAUGUUCAAAUGUGUCUUUAAGGAACAUUUUAUAUCCCAGAUUAAAAUUUAUAGUAAACUUUA